GCGUAACCUCGGCUCCAGGAAACUCCACACACCUGACACUGAUAGGGAGCAGUAAGAUGGCGGCAGGAAGUGACGUCUUAGCUGUCAGUGAGGGCGGGCGCUGGAGCUGUGACUUCCCUUCUAGCCGGGAAAGAUGGCGGCGGCGUGUCUAGUGAUCCGGAGGUCGCUGCGGGCGGGACAGCUGCUCGGGGGGCGGACGGCCUGGCCUGUGGCUCCUCAGGCCAACAUGUCGUUCUCCUCUCUGUCCCGCGGCAGGAGAUUGGCGCUUUCUACCAUUGGAGUCAUCGCUGCAGGAGGAGCCGGACUGGUUUUCACUCUCCACAAUUCCGUUAAGGCCACCGACAUGGAGCUUCACGCUCCCAGCUACCCCUGGAGCCACGGCGGCUUCCUCUCCUCCCUGGAUCACGCCAGUGUCCGCCGCGGCUACCAGGUGUAUAAGCAGGUGUGCGCCGCCUGUCACAGUAUGGACUACAUCGCCUUCAGGAACCUGGUCGGAGUGUCUCACACAGAAGCUGAAGCCAAGGCCCUAGCUGAGGAGUUUGAGAUCCUGGAUGGACCUGAUGACAAUGGUGAGAUGUUCACCCGUCCCGGUAAGCUGUCAGACCACUUUCCAAAGCCGUAUCCCAACCCUGAAGCAGCUAGAGCAGCCAAUAAUGGGGCGCUGCCCCCCGACCUCAGCUACAUUGCCAACGCCAGGCAUGGGGGGGAGGAUUACAUCUUCUCUCUGCUCACUGGAUACUGUGACCCCCCGGCCGGUGUCACCAUGAGGGAAGACCUGUACUUCAACCCCUACUUCCUGGGCCAGGCUAUUGGGAUGGCGCCUCCAAUCUAUGAUGAAGUUCUAGAGUAUGAUGAUGGAACCCCCGCAACAAUGUCUCAGGUGGCUAAAGACGUCUGCACGUUCCUGCGAUGGGCCUCUGAGCCGGAACACGACGACCGCAAGCGCAUGGGCCUUAAAAUCGUGUUGAUGUCGACCUUUAUCUGCGCCGUUCUCUACUACAUGAAGAGACACCGGUGGACGGUGCUGAAGUCCAGGAAGAUGGUCUAUAAACCACCAAAGUAACCGACUGAUUGUAUGCUGCGUGUGGGACCCUCCUCAUGUGCGUUGGCGGCCUCGGUGGUGAGAUCUGGUCGUGCUUGCAGUCCCCCUAUCCUGCCUCCUGACUGUGGAGGCAGCACUUGGACAGAAUCCUCCAUUGUAAUAUUAUUUCUCACCUCGGUCUUCACGGGAUUUACUUUAUUUUUAUUUUUCCGCUUGUCUGUCUUCAUCAUCGUCCAUUAUGUGUCAUCGGAGAGGAAGAGGGACUGCGGGAGAAAUCUGCAAACACUCUUGUGUCCAUCCCUACCUGGGGAGGCUGAUAAAUUAAAUAAAAAAAAUAUUUUAAAAUGGA